AGCUCAGUUCCUCCCAUCAUCUCUGACAGAUAGAUAACAGGAAAAGAAAGUAUCAGCACCAUCCCUCAGCUAUUAGUCAAGCGACACGGCUGGUACACACACUUGAGACCGGACAAAAUGAUUCUGCUGCCACUGGCGUGGACACUGUUGAUGGUAUCGCUGUGGACAUCAGGUUCGAGCCAGAUCCUGCAGCAAGAACCCGUCAACAGUCUUUAUCCUAAGAUCCUCAGUACAGAGGAGUUUGGGUGUGACUGCGGUAACAUCUCCUGUGACUCUGUCUACUGGUUCCGCAGUAUUUCCAACCACCGCAAAGUAGAGUUCCUAGGCCAAUGUACCAUCGUACGUCCUACAUAUGGGUUGGAUGUGGACAAGGCACGAUUCAAAUUGUUCUCGAAGAGCACGUCCUUUACGCUACGCAUCAUCAAUGUGACAGAAGAGGACGCAGGGAUUUAUUCUUGUGUUCUCAAGAACAGGAAAGCAAACAUAGAAAUGUGGAAGCCUGGGACUCUUCUUCUGCCGGGAGUGAUCCCUCCAACAUUACCUCCUAAGGCAACACCCAAACCACCAGUCAAGUCAGUUUGUCGCUGCCCUAAGAAGAAUUCUUCACAGGGCUGUGGCUCCCUGGUUCUGUGGCUGUUGGUUGGACUUAUUGCGGCCCUUGCUCUAGGUCUCAUCUGCACACUGUACUACUUCAGCCGGCUCCCCAAAAAAUGUCGGCACCACUUUGUGAAGAGGCGAUAGAUGACCCAAACACUGCAUCUACAGCUUCUAUCUGAAACAAAUAGCUGGAAUGCUCCCUAAAGUGAUCCCUGAAGAUCUCCUCUGCUAACAACAACCUUCUGUUGAUGUCAACUUUAUUAACAGCGAAAUGUGCGCCAGUCAGAGAAGAGUUAUAUGUUUUCAAGAGCAGCAACCAUGUAAAAUAGCGUUAGGGAGUGUGGACUAGUAGCAGCAGAGAUGCCACUUCACCUCCUGGGCACUGCUGAGAUGCCCUUGAGCAAGGCACCGAACCCCUAACCCCUAACUGCUGUCCAUGGGCAGCCCCUUCACGCCGACAUCUCUCCAUUUAAUGCUUGUGUAUAGUUCCUGUUUACAUAUGUGUGUAUAUUUCGGGCCUGUGUGUGUGUAAUGUGCAUAAACAGUGAAACAUUUGAAUUUCCCCCAAGGGAUUAAUAAAGUAUGUCUUCUUCUUAUUCUUCUUCA